AUGCAGUUGAAAAUUUUGUCUUAUACCGUCGGCAUCAUACUCCAUAUCGUGAGCAUCGUUGCACUACCGAUUGCUGGUAAGUCAAGCCUCAAUUUCAUUCACCUACACGUGUCUUUCGAAUCGCAAGAAGCUGAGUUCGGACCAGGAUCGAUUGACUUUGAGAUCAUCACGCAUCCGAAUCAACAUGAUCUUGAACGCAUCUCUGCAUGGUCCCCGAAUGACGUAGUGGCUAUCGGACACUGCAAAAGGGCCCUCGGUGCUGCAUCUAUCUUCGACGAAGUUCUCUACCGCCGUUACGGCGGAGAUGGCGAGGGUGAAGAGGAGAAUGGAGCUGACGAAGAAGGCAGCGGAGAUGGCGGCGAUGACGGCACCAGCGGCAAUGACAACGAUGACGGAGAUGCUGACGAUGGAAUUGUCCCAAUGCCAAAUCUUGGCCUCUGCACGUCUCUUCCAGAUACACCUCCAACAUCAACUCCUGCGCCUCGCGUCACUCCAAUACCGGCUCCUAUUACACCGCGACUGGCAUCCGUACCGGCACCUGCACGUGUCAAUGCUAAUGGUCCCGCGAGACUGACACCCAAGCGGGUAGUUCGGACUCGUAAUUUGGAAGGAGUCUUGGCUUGGAGUCCAGACCGCGGUGACGAGGAUCUAGCUUGCAAGGAAUUCAAACGCUCUUUAGACUCGAUUUUCUCUGCAGAGAUCGGAAGCCGCUGUGGAGGAGGCGCAGAUGAUGACGGUGAAGAUGACGGUGUGGAUGGAGAUUGGGAUGAAGAUGGGGAUGGAGACGGGGUUGAAGGCGGAGAGAAAGGUGGAGAGGAAGGUGGAGAAAAAGGUGGAGAUGAGGAUCAAGGCGGAGGUGAGGGCAGAAAUGGCAGGGAAAGGUGA